AACCCGUGGCCAUGGACGAUGUGAAGGCUAUCAUACAACUUUGCAGGGCUUGGAAAACUGACAUCAGUGCGGAGCUGGAGCUCGAACCAUUUGAAGUUGGGGCAGAUUUUUUUUUACAAACUGUUAGAUGAAACUGCAUGGAUGAGCUCGAGGCACCUUGACAUGGCCAUGUUUCUAAUACGCAAAAGACAACUCUCUCAUCCGCAACUAUUUGGAAGGGAGUGGACAACCGCCGAGUUUUGUCUGCAGCAAUUUUUACAGCCGUUUGCAAUGCCAAGUGGGAAACGAGUCACGAGGAAACAAUAUGCUGCAAGGACCGUUGACCCUCCGCCUAACUACCUCAAAAAUGUACACCACUUUGUCAAUGGGUCAUGGCAACAUGGGUAUGCGCAAGCAUGGACGAAAGUGCGCAAGGUCUAUCUCCCGUAUAAUGUUCGACAGUCCCAUUGGGUGGCAGUAGAAGUCGACUUUGUGCGACAUACUGUCACUGUCUAUGACUCGUAUUCUGAUUUUACCUCCAACAGUAUGCUUGUCCGAUUCAUGGAGCCUAUUACCCAUACGCUUGCAAAGGUGCUGCAUGAAAUGAGGUUUUAUGAGAAAUCGGAGGUUGAAGCGGUGAAGAGAAAGGGGACUGACAUGUCAAACUUUAACCCAUUCACAAUUUGCAGAAUUUCCGAUGUUCCUCAACAAAGUGAUGGUACUUCAUGUGGCAUUAUGACAGUCAAAUAUAUUGAGUACCUUAGUGCCGGCAUUCCUUUACAUACCAUUGACCCAUCCAAGUUUGGCUACUACCGAUUGAAGCUUGCAAUCGAGGCUUUUAGGGGGGAGGCCUAUGGUAUUGGGGAUUUGAACACUAUAGAUGGUAAUGUCAAUGUUUCUCAACUGGCAUCUGAUUUACGUGGUCCUUCCAGCUUCAUACCCAUAUUGACAUCUCAGAUUCUGUACACGUAUGUGAAAGAAGUUGCAGGCUGUUUGUCGUAUUCUGAAUCUUGA